GUUAGCCUUGUUGAAAUUGGAAGCAACUUUGUUUUGGUUUCGGUUUUUUUCCUGUUUCUUGCUUUUUUUUGGUGCAAAAUCAGUUGUAAGCCCCUCAAAAUGAUGUUUGUUUGGGAUUGGGAUUGUAACUAUCCUUCCAGUGACGAUGAUUUUGAAGAAAAUUUGCUUCAGAUGCUCAGCGAUUCUGAUUACUCUGUUUCCAGUGAUGACGAAUUUGAAGAAACGCCAGUUCAGAUGUCCAGUGGGUCGGGUUAUAUUCCUUCCAGUCAUAAUCAGUCUGAAGCAACAUUAGUUCAGAGGACAGAGAGAGAGAAGGAAGACGAUGAUUUCAGUCAGUCUAAAGGAACAUUAGCUCAGAAUAGUAAGAGACAGAAGGAAGAAGAUUUUCUCGUUCAGUCUGAAGCAACGUCAGUUCAGAGGAGUAAAAGACAGAAGAAAGAUGAUUAUUUCGAUCUCGUGGUGCCGCAGUAUAGUGAUGCCGUGUUUUUGGAACAUUUCCGUGUGCGACGCCACAUUGCAGAGUACAUUGCAGAAAAGUACAGAAAUUCUGCCUAUUACAACCAUCAAGCGGGUGGGAAUGGAAAACUGAUCCCCUUACAACAAAUCCUAAUUUUUUUAUGGUUUGCUGGACAUGAAACAGACACAUUCAGAAAUGUGUCAGAGAGAUUCAGCAUCUCUGCUAGUACUCUGUGCAACAUUGUGAAAAGGGUGUCACACUUCAUUAGCAAUGAAUACGUUGGUGUAAUAAAGUGGCCGUCCGCUGCAGAAAAAGCAGGCAUAGAAUCGUACUUCCGGACUAACGGUUUGCCAGGUGUGAUUGGCGCCAUCGGCGGCACUCAUAUUAAGAUUGAUAAACCUCAAAGCGAUCCCUAUUCAUAUUUGAACACGAAACGUUUUUAUUCUAUUCAAUUGCAGAUCGUUUCCGACCACGAGCUACGUAUAAGGGACAUUUUCGUGGGUUAUCCGGGGUCAGUCGAUGACGAGACAGUGUUCAGAAAAUCACCAUUGUUUAAAAAGCUCGGAGAAAUUUGCAGCGAGUUAUGUAUUGUGGGAGACGUCGCAUACCCAUGCCUUAAGCAUUUGCUGACUCCGUACAGAAACACCGGGCAUUUAACCAGACAGCAAAAUGAUUUCAAUCUUGUACUUUCGAGAAGUACGAGUGUUGUUGAACAUUGUUUCCGUGUAUUAAAGGAGCGUUUUAAGCAGUUGUUUUAUAUUAAGUUAAGGAACAUUGAAGACAUAGUUCAUUUUAUUCGAGCUUGCUGCAUACUGCACAAUAUCGCCUUGAAAGACACCUUUGUAUUUGAAGGAAACGAAGGUGAACACGAUAAAGACGCUACAGGAGAAGAAGAAUCGGCUGACCUCGAUAUCCGACACGACGAAUUAGGGGCGGAAAAGAGGGACACGAUUGCUGCACAGUUGCUAAUAUCGUACGAAGAAGAAUCGGAUGACCUCGACAUCGGAGAUGAUAAACUGGGGCUGGAAAACAGGGACAGGAUUGCCACGCAGUUGCUAAUUCGAGCUGAAGGAGAGGCAGUUGUCCCUGAUGAUGGAGGGCUGGAAGAGAGAGAUACGAUUGCUGCACAAUUGCUAUUGUAAAAGCAGUCCCAGAUACCCCAUCACCACCCACACAUUAGAAAAUGCCCAGAAAGAUUAUACUCCGAUAACGGUAUCUCUCUCCAGAAUGCAUUUAGUUACAUCAGCUGCCCUGUAUAAGUUUGAUAAAAUGGAACUGAACUGUGAUAUGUAAAACUACAAGUUUGCAGGACAUUUUUCGUGUUGCCACUAGGUCUGUGGUUUAAAAAAAUAUUCACAAAGACGAGUGUUUAGCUCCUUGGUGUCAAGCUCUGCAAAGUUGUGACAUCAUAUUAUUUAGACACUGAAUAUUGUCAGUGCCAAACUUAAAAGUAUUACUGAAGAAGCGAGGAAGUAGUAUCCUGUGUACCUGUUUGUGACCAGAAAAGUGUCUGUGUCUAAAACUAAGUACCUGCAUAUCUAGUCUUUCAUCUGUUAGGACUGAAACAAAAAUUUUGUUUUUUGCUUUCAGUUAGAGGAACUAAUUACAACUUUAAUUUGCUGCUCUUAAUUUCUGAGCAGUCAUGUCAGUGUUAAAAAUGUAUUGCAGUUACGAAGGAGAAGUGUUUUAAACUUUUCGUUUGUAGUAGAAACUGUUCAAGACUGAUACUGUAGCUUUUUAUGAACUUCAUAGUGUUCAUAUUGAAAGAAGGAUGUACCUUAUUACAGUUCUUUUUUUCUGUAAACACCUGCAUUUAUGAGCAGU